AUGAAUCUGACCAGCUACCGGUCGAGCCAGUCCUCGUCCUAUCCGGACCCUCGAAACUUCGCCAUCACCUCCCCAGCUAUGCCUUCGCCGUCCUCAAGGGCCUUGUUAGAGGGGUACAAAACCAUUUUAAGCCCAAACGAAGAUGAAACACCAAGGUACAAUAUGCUCAAUUACUCUCACCCACGAAGCUCUGUACUCCUCAAUGCAAAUGAUCCGAUCGCAAUGCAUUUACUCGCCGAGACUGCAAUAUCAGACAGUACGCAGUUCGAGGUACUUUCGUUCGAGGAGGUUGAAGAAUUGAAGAAGGAACUGCUUCUCUUGUCUAAUCGUAUUGAAUCAUCAAAGCGAAAACUAGCUCUUGAACUGAAACUACAAGAAGCCGCAUUUUCUUUGAGCAAACUUUACGACUCUAAGGCUGGCAGGAGGGAAAGUAGUGAUACGAGCCCUGAAUCUUCGCCUAAGUCCCACCGCAGACGAUUGAGCCUGUUUGGACGCCAUAAUCUCCAGCACCGAUCUGAUGAAGAAGUCACCCAAAGCGUUCAUCGUUGUGAAGACAUAGCGCAAGAACUCUGGAGGCUGGAGAGGAGAGCAAAUGAAAUCCGGAGGAGAAUCUUGGAGCAUACCGCCGGUGUAUUGCAGAUGACGCACAAGGGCUUGAAGAAAAGGGGCGCAAAUCGACAGGAGCAAAGCGAUGACAUGGUCGAAUUUGAUGACAGAAGCCUUUACAGAACUCCUGACCACCUAGAUGAUUUCAACGGUGGCCAUACACGGCGAGAUCUUCCUAUGGCUGUAGCGGGAGAAAGAAAUUCAGUGAGUAUGGCUGCCUUACAUGAAACGAAAAGGAGACUUGACGAUUUGAACUUCCGUUUACGUGAAAUGAUACCACAAAUCAAUCAAAACAAUGACGCUGGUCGCCUCUCUCAAGAAUUUUUAAAUAGCGCCCCUGCAGAUCCGGUGAUAGCUGUACAAAAUGGUCUGGAUUCUCUUGACAAGGGGCUUGAGUCAAUGUCCUUCCAUCAAACAAGCAUGCUACAGGCAAUGGAAGGAUCUAUGUAUGAUGCAGAAGACAAGUUAGAUACACUUAACAAGCGAUUGGACGGCAUUCUUGUCACAGCAGGUUCUACUCGACAUCAACUUACCCCACGCGCCUCAUCAGCCAGAAAAACAUUAAAGGAGCAACUUGACCACCUGGGAGGCUCUAUAGAGGAGGCUCAGGCUCGCGUUGAUAAUUUAACUGAUCAGAAAACUAUUCUUACUACUCAGAUCCAACAGCAAAGAGAGCUUAACUGCAAGUCCGAUGCAGAACGCGAUGCACACAUUGCGGAUCUAACGGAACAAAGUGUAAAGCUACAAAAAGAGGCUGAUAUGUCACAGAAGGAAGCCAAUGAUAUACGAGAAGAGCUCGCUCUCGUAAUGGAUCAGUUGGAUACGGCUCGUCAAAACUCGAUGAUCCGAGAACAGCAGAAUGCAAUCAAUCAGAAACCCAUUGCCAAUGCGGAGCUAGAAGCCAGACAAGAGUUUGAGCAAAAGUUGGCUUUGAAAGACAGCGAAAUUGCCAGUAUCAACCAAGCACGGCGAAACGCCGAGGAGUCAUUGGCAGCCAAGGAAAUGGAAAUUGCUAGUUUAGAGGAGGCCCGGCAGCAAGUCACAAAGGAAAUGUCAAAAGUCGAGCAGAACCUAUCGAGUAAAGACGACCAAAUUGCUGGGCUUGAAGAAUUCCGCAACACGGUCAGGGAGGAAUUGGAUGCGGCUGAGCGGGAUCGAACGCUCAAAGAAAACGAAAUUGCGACCCUUCAAAAUACCCUCAGACAGCUUACCUCAGAGAAGGAUCUGGAAAUCCAGAAUUCUCGCAACGCUCAUGAUAGUUCCAAAGCGGAGUUACAAAAAUUGCAGUCCGAGUUCUCUGAACUUGAGGGCGAAAUGGUUAGGAUUCAGACUGAACUAACGGUUGCACGAGCUGAGCUUGAUGGCGCGUAUGGGAGUAGAGCGGAGCGUGCGGCUCAGGUAGCAGCAAACCCAGCCAUUCGGAGGGAAAUGGAUGAAUUAAACCAACGGAAUAUGAGCCUUAUGGAGGAGCUGGCCUCUCUCAGAGAUAAUCAAACUGGCAGAAGCAUCGCAGGCGCUUCUCCAGACCUUCAGGGACGUGUACAAAUGUUGGAGAAGGAGCUUCGAGAAACGAUUGAUGAUUACGAAUCGAUGACCAAAGCUAGCAUUGAGUUUGAAAAGGAACGAGAUAGUCUAGAGAGUACCAUAGAUUCCUAUCGUGAACGCUGUGAGACUCUCGAGGCGCAGCUGAGUGAUGAAAGAAUUCAGGCACUGGGAAUGAAUGGUGUACGAAAAGGAGACGCGACGCCGACGGAAAGUACAUCGAUAAUAGUGUUGAAGAAUGAGUUUAAGAAAAUGAUGAGAGACACGAGAGCGGAGAACCUGAAAAAUUUGAGGGCUGAGCAAGAAGAGCGGCGAAAGCUUGAGUCUCUGAUUCGAACGCUCAGAGGAGACCCAAAGGCUUCAGGCAAGUCGAACUUGAGUCAGAGUACGGUUGCUUCCUAA